UGCCAUAAGCAAGUAGAAAGUAAUUAGUAGCCAUUCGAAGUUGUUUAACCAUGGAUUUGCUGCAUAAAUUUACCGCACUGUUGAUUAUUAUAGUUUCGGUGAACUUAAUUAAUUGUGAUCAAAUCCUCCUGGAGCAGAGAUAUAGUGAUAGAGAACUUGCGUCAAUCGGAUCGUGCGUAGUGAAAUGCGUUUCGAAUAAUCUGAUGAAAUGUUUUGAAAGUUGCCUAAACCAUACCGUCAAUUUAGAUGGCUUCAGGAAAAGUAUCAGCUUCAAUUUUUUUGUUGAACUAGUGUGUCGUGAAAGUGAUAAAAUUGUUAUCGAUAUUGAAGGAGGGAAUCGAACCGGUAAAUUGUACAUUACCAAUACCUAUGGAGUUGGCCAGGAAUUUACAAUAAUUAGUGACGAAUCGCUGAUUGAAGUGCUUGAUCUACACCCUGGACAAGCCUAUCAUGUUCAGUCGCUUGUGUUCGUAUCAAACAGCGAAUAUUUGUUCACAAACCCGCUGACGCUUUUCCGAACCAUGCCUCUCAAUUACAUCCCAGGGGCAAUUAACAACAUCAAAGUGAUCGGCUUUGAGCCCAGUGUACAGGAUCAGACAUUCUUGGAAGCCACUGUGGAUUGGAAGCCGACGUCCGAUUUGGUUUGCCAGUACGAAAUCUUACAUUACUCGCUGCAUUCGACAAAUUUUCAUCCAAGUCCAGUUCAAGUUCAUCAGUUCGGAGGUCCGCACAGAACUACGUUGGAGUUGCUAGAAUAUGACACGGAUUACGAGGUUGCCAUUCGAGCAAAAAAUCCACCCUACGAAAGUAGUCUACGGUGGUUGCCUUUCCGUACACCCAGUUGUGUGGAGGUGCACAACCACAGUCAACUCUGUGCUCCAGGAAGCAUUUCGAACCUCACUGUAAACUACGAACCACUGAUAAACAAACAGUACAAGUUGAAUAUUUCCUGGGAUGAACCUGACAUUACACCGGAUAGCUACGAAGUUCACGUGUACGACCUCAACCCAGAUAUGAGUGAAGAUCUGGUGAAUUCCAUUUCUCUGAACGUCACCGGGAACAUAACAUCCGUUUUGGUGGACUCGUUCCACAUUGAGGGUACACAAUUCGAGGUGUAUGUCGUUGCUCACGCAAACAACCGCACGACUUCGCGGAACAUACUAUCGCCCAUACGACACCCACAAACUCCUAGAGCUCACUGGAUCGAUGCGCUGAUAGUUAUCAUCGUUAUCUGCGUGGUGAUCGUAGGAAAAUUUUUGAUUCCUUUUUUAUGGAAGCGUUUCGGGCGGAUCAAAGAGUACGAUAAACCUCGUGGCUGGAAAGGCUUGGAACUGAGCAGUGAUAUCGAGAUACGAUUGGAGACCCUGGAAAAUGGGGUGGAAUCUCAGGUGCUCGCUGGUGAACUUAUUGCACCGAUCAACGACGGUAUGGAGGUGGGCUUGGAGCAAAUUCAGCUAAUGGACGUAUUGGGUGAAGGUGCUUUCGGGUUGGUCAGAAAAGGGCUGCUAACGACGGCAUCCGGGGAACAGCGGGAUGUGGCCGUUAAAAUGCUGAAAGAAUGCCCAACCUUGGCUGACAUAAAAGCAUUUCGUCGAGAGAUUGAAGUGAUGAAAUCGGUUGGCAGUCACCCAAAUUUACUUUGCAUUAUUGGACAGCAUACCAAGAAUGCCACUAAAAUGAUGUUAUUGACGGAAUAUUGCAGUGAUGGAAAUCUUCUGAAUUAUUUACGAUCGAUUUGGAACAAUAUUUUGAAAUUCCGUUCAUCAUCAAGUUCAGUAUUCGAUGGGUGUGACUCGAUCAACGUAGAUACGACGCAAAAUUCAGGAUAUGAAACACCAAGAGAGUGCUUUGAGUUUGAUACGGAAUUCCCUUUGGUGGUCGAGAACAAACUCUAUCAUGUUCAGCGUAAGUCUUCAACUCAAUACGAUAACCAGUGCUAUUUUGAAGAAGCCGAUAUAACCAAAUCGAAUGUCACAAGCGUGAGCAACCAGCUUAUGGAGUUCGCGAAACAGAUUGCACACGGAAUGGAAUUUCUUGCGCGAAAUAAAGUUGUUCAUCGUGAUCUGGCGGCCCGAAAUAUUUUGGUACUAGAUGGGACGGUGGUAAAAAUUUCCGACUUCGGUCUAAGCCGGGAUAUUUAUCAGGAAAACAUGUAUCAAAAAACGACCAAUGGAAAAUUACCGAUCAAGUGGUUGGCAUUGGAGUCGUUGACCCAUCAGGUCUAUACUUCGCAGAGUGACGUGUGGUCGUUCGGAAUAGUGUUGUACGAGAUCUCUACCUUGGGCGGUAAUCCGUACCCAAUGCUCGAGACGGGUAAUCUGCUACUGGAGCUGAAAAGCGGUUACCGAAUGGAGAAGCCGGCAAGCUGUUGCGAGAAGUUAUACGAGCUAAUGAUGAGCUGCUGGAGACCGAUACCGAAUGAAAGACCAACGUUUAAGACAAUCAAGGAUAAAUUGGAGAAAAUGAUCGAGAUGAGUCUGGUGGAGAAGAAGCCUUUGAUUGAUUUAGGAUUGAUUGAAUAAAAAGUAAAGUCACUAGUUUAAGAACAUUAUAAUAAUUGAUGGCCGAAUUGAAUAAAAUAGGUUGAAUCCAAUAAAUAUUUUUAAAAACUAAA